ACUGUUGAAUUUCUUCGGCAGAUCGACUGUGCUGUGUGUUGAUCGGAAAUAAGCGAAAUAAAACAAUAUUGUGACUUUUUAAUAAACAUUUUAACAUGUGAGUGAUGAGUUGUACGGAAAAUGAAAGUGGCCCUUUUGUCGUGUUCUUCUUACCAGCGGUCGUUGGCUGCCUGACCAUACUCCUGGCUAGACGCUGGGCGAACUCCCAAGUUAGCAAUACUUCGUCUACAGCCGUCUCUAGGCGGCGAAAAAUCAUUAAAGACCCGCUUAUCAAGCGGCCCCUGCCGCAGAUAACAAGUAAAAUGAUGCCACCCGGAUCUAAAAAAACUUCUGGUGUAAAUAAGAAGGGUGCAUUCGCAGUUGCCGAUGAGGAAAUAAAUGGCAGUGGCAAGAAGAUUCGAUCUUCAAGAGCUGCUCCCACACCUUCUCCAAAUGCUGUCUCAGAAGUGAAGCUGACAGAUGUGCCAGUAGCACCAAAACACAUCCCCUUCCCCUACAUACCACAAGAUGGCAACCUGCUCUUUGAAGCUAUGACAUUUGUCUUCACUCUUGUGGCAACUGGGUUACAGUUCUUGAAUCUAUACAGAACAGCCUGGUGGUUACCUCAUUCAUACACAAAUCAGGCUAUGAAUUUCUAUUUGAUCGACCCUCACUUGGUGGCGUUUAUAGUGACAAUAAUAUUCCGGAAACUAUUACUAAGUAUCAGUUUAGCAAUACUGAGAGGUAUCCUCGCGCCAAAAUUGAUGCCACAUGCUACUAUAGCUGCCAGGAUGUUCAUAUUGGGUGUCGUGCUAGGCGCUCUAUCGUGGUGCACGUACUUCAUCGUGCUAAAGUACCCAGUCGUAAAAAUAUUCUAUUUGUUAUACCCGGCCGUGAUAUACUUCCUGCUAUUCGGUUUCCAGUCGGCUCCAUUCCUAGAGUUGAACACAAGCGACCCUCCACUACACUGUUGUACACACGACGCUGCACAGAUACGGACAGAAGUGGAAGCGUUACGGCAAGAUUUCAAUGACAGGAUGAAGAAAAUCAUAUUCAAUUCCGUUGUUGGAGCCUACUACUCCAGUUUUAUACCUUGCACUUUUGCACAGCCAUAUCUCUACUACGAGGUAUACGCAGCGUCACAACAGACCGCGUUUGUAUGGGCGGGUCUAUUCGCUCGGUACGUGAGCCAGCUCGUCAGUGCGACGUACUGCGACGUGCCGCACCGGUCCGCGCUACAUCUCGGACGGUGGAAACCUGAUCAUAAUUCUUGUACAGAAGGCAAUGAGGUCCAGGCGUGGUCCGCGGAGCGCAUGUGGUCCCGCGGCGCGCGCGUGUCGUGCGGCGGCCGCGUGUACGUGGCGGCCACGCCCACCGUCGCCGCCGACCCCACCACAGCCGCGCAUACUCGCUUCCAUACGGUGUUCGCGAACCCCUCACUAUUACUCUGCGCCAUGUUAUGCCUACAGCUGUCACUAAUAAUACUACAGCUGUGUCUACUAUUCAGUUCUAUACAAUGGCACAACUUCCUAGCUAUAGUCAUAUUACUCUUCAUAAACUAUUACACACUGUUCAAAAUGGUCCGAGACUAUCUAGUCGCCUGGAAAGUCUAUAAAGCAGAAAAUAUGAUACAGGAUAAAAAUGGCCCCUUACAUUCUGUGCCCAAUUAAGUGAUAAUCUAUAUUCCUAAGAUUGAAUGUUUCCCGCGCACAAAAUUUGUUUCCUCUGUGUUGCCAGCUUCGUUGUAUUGUUUUUGUAUGAAUUUUGUGUAUGUAUGUAGUAUCGGUUUGCAGAAAUAGUUAUAGUCGGUAGAUUCGGUAAUUACGUUAUACUAGUCGUGCGGUUUAAAAGGGUAAUGUUUGGACUCGCUUAUGCCCAUUUUUUUACUGAUUAAUUAAUGUAUUUUCGUCAAUAUUCUCCACAGUCUUCCACAGUUUCACUUAUGAAAUAAGAUUUAAUCUUAUAAGUACCAAAGGAUUCUUUUUUUAUUGUUUUUCUCUAUGUGAUAUUUAAAUGUUUAUUUGUGUAAGAAGAAUUUCUUCCUAAGCGAAACUCUUUAGCAAAAAGUUUUCAGUAAAUAGGUAAGAUGCAAUAUAUUGUUUAGAGAUUGGGCCAAGUACGUUGAAAGAAAGGCGGACACAAUCUCUUGAAACAACGACUGUGGCACCUGGCUACUAUAGAGUUAUACGCCGAACAUAGACACAUUGACACAAAGGACAUCUGGUAAUGUAAAACAUACACACCCGCACAUAAAAAAACCACUGACAAAUGGUGCUUCAAUCAUUUCCAAGUAAUAUUAUGUCCGCCUUCUUUUCGACGUUCUUGGAUUGGGCAUAGUGUUGCUAAUGGUCAGUUAACAUUCCAUAGUGGAUUUCCGAACUCAAUAUAACGAAGCUUGUAGUAUACUAAAAUCUUUAUCUUGUUGAAUUUCUAAUUGUUGUGUCAAUUGUACUUAAUGUUUGUUUAGAACUGCGCUCAUGUAUUUAUAAGGAAUCGGUUUUUUGAACAAAGUAAUAUAUAUGUGAAAUUAUUAUAAGACUGAUGGUGAUUAUAACAUUGCUAUGUUUAGAAUUCACCCGCUGUCUCUGGUGAUUGUGAGCAUAGAAAAUGAUUGUUUCCUCAUUAAAACAAAAUGUAAAAAUCACAUAAUUAUUGUCAAAAUUAUACCAAAAACAAGAUGACACAAAAUGUGAACCCUGAACAAUAUAUCAUACUUGCCAUUAAACUUUUCUUUUUUAGUUUGUAUUCUAUACUUGUGACAUAGACCCUGGAAAUCUCAUUUCAUCAUAGUCUAGUCAUGGACUUGAAUGUAAGUAAAUUAUGAAAAUAAAAACUUUAAUGAACAGUGGA